GAAAGAUCUCUUCCUCCACUUUCAAUCAUAAAACAUGGCUGAAAUACAUGAUCAGUUCGAUACCAUCCUUAUUCUUGACUUCGGUUCGCAGUACAGUCACCUCAUAACAAGGAGAUGCCGCGAGUUGAACGUAUACGCAGAGCUGAUGCCGUGUACAUCGAGGCUAGCAGAUCUCAAGUUCAAGCCUAAAGGGAUCAUCCUCUCUGGAUCUCCGUACUCUGUAUACGACGACGACGCACCUCACGCUGACCCCGGUAUUUACACUCUGGGCGUCCCUAUCCUUGGUAUCUGUUAUGGCCUCCAGGAGAUCUGCUGGAAUUACAAGGGACAUGUAGCAAAAUGCGAUCAUCGCGAAUACGGGCUUGCAGAGGUUCAGAUUAGCAGGUUCAACGAAUCUGGGAACUCUGUCGAUGCCCUGUUUGAAGGCCUCGGCGAUCAGAUGCAGGUUUGGAUGUCGCACGGCGAUCAACUGUCUCUCAUACCUCCUGACUUCCAUGUCAUCGGACGGACGAGCACCGCUCCAUACGCCGCCAUUGCACAUAACUCUAAGCCAUUAUAUGGCAUUCAGUUCCAUCCAGAGGUAACACAUUCCCCUCAAGGCAGGCAACUCAUCGGUCGAUUUGUGCUGAACAUAUGCCAAUGCCAAGCAAAUUGGACAAUGGAGGAAUUUAUUGGCAAGGAGAUCGACCGCAUCCGCGAGAUAUGUGGUCAGAAAGGCCGUGUGAUUGGUGCAGUCAGCGGGGGCGUCGACAGCACCGUUGCAGCCAAGUUAAUGCACGAGGCAAUCGGCGACAGGUUUCACGCCAUCAUGGUGGACAACGGCGUGCUUCGUCUAAACGAAGCACAACAAGUCAACGAUAUGUUGAAUAAAGAUCUGGGGGUCAACCUGACCGUAGUGGAUGCUUCUGAGCUCUUCCUCUCCCGACUUGAUGGUGUCGAGGAUCCGGAGCAGAAACGCAAGAUUAUCGGGAAUACUUUCAUCAACGUCUUUGAGACAGAAGCAGCGAAGAUCGAGGAAGCUUCCGAGAAGGAAGAGAAUGGAGCAAAGGGCAAGAUCGAAUGGCUAUUGCAAGGAACCCUAUACCCAGAUGUUAUCGAGAGCAUCAGCUUUAAGGGCCCUAGUGCGACCAUAAAAACCCAUCACAAUGUCGGUGGGCUCCUCAAGGACAUGAAAUUGAAGUUAAUCGAACCCCUACGCGAGCUCUUCAAAGAUGAAGUUCGUGCGCUCGGGAGGCUCCUGUCGAUACCAGCACCUCUGGUUCAACGUCAUCCUUUCCCAGGUCCUGGUCUGGCUAUUCGGAUUUUGGGUCCUGUCACACGCGAACAAGUGAAAAUCCUGCAACAAGCCGAUCAUAUCUACAUCGAGGAGAUUCGCAAGGCGAACCUCUACAAUCAAAUCAGCCAGGCUAUGGCUAUCUUACUUCCUGUGAAGGCGGUUGGCGUGAUGGGUGACAAGCGCACGUACGAACAGGUAAUUGCUCUGAGAGCGGUGACGUCAGAAGACUUCAUGACUGCAGAUUGGUAUGCAUUCCCUCCCGAGAUUUUGCGUCGGAUAUCGUCCCGCAUCACAAACGAAGUGAGUGGGAUCAAUCGGGUCACUUAUGAUAUAUCUUCCAAGCCUCCUGCUACUGUGGAGUGGCUAUGAUUGCCGUGUCAAUGCGCAAAACAAUACACACAAUACAUAUGUUGGAGUUUAUCCAGGAAUAUAGAAGGUACAUACUAGAAUCGUAGCGGCUCUUGGCUGUGCCAGUCCCCGACUCCGCAUGAAGACACUAAGAUAAGACUCGCAAAUAAUUGUACACGAUGUUCAUAUCAUGAGCGCGAAUAUUACCGUCAAAGACUUUUUGUUGCAA